GGCCUCGGGGACAGCGACAGCCCGCGCACAGGGCAGGAGUUGCCGCUGCAGCUGCCGCCCGCGUCUUCAAGGUCUCAGCGCUUCCUCACCGGAGAACGGACUCGGCCGCCAUGUCCGCCGCGGAGGAGGUUGAUGGGCUGGGUGUGGUCCGGCCGCACUAUGGCUCUGUCCUGGAUAAUGAGAGGCUCACUGCAGAGGAGAUGGAUGAAAGGAGACGGCAGAACGUGGCUUACGAGUACCUUUGUCAUCUGGAAGAAGCAAAGAGGUGGAUGGAAGCGUGCCUCGGGGAGGACCUGCCGCCUACCACGGAGCUAGAGGAGGGGCUUAGGAAUGGAGUCUACCUUGCCAAACUAGGGAACUUCUUCUCUCCCAAAGUGGUGUCCCUGAAAAAAAUCUAUGAUCGAGAGCAGACUAGAUACAAGGCUACAGGCCUGCACUUCAGACACACGGACAAUGUGAUUCAGUGGCUGAAUGCCAUGGAUGAGAUCGGACUGCCUAAGAUUUUUUACCCAGAAACCACAGAUAUCUAUGAUCGGAAGAACAUGCCAAGAUGUAUCUACUGUAUCCAUGCUCUCAGCUUGUACCUGUUCAAACUGGGCCUGGCUCCUCAGAUCCAAGACCUGUAUGGAAAGGUUGACUUCACAGAGGAAGAAAUCAACAACAUGAAGAUCGAGCUAGAGAAGUAUGGGAUCCAGAUGCCCGCCUUCAGCAAGAUUGGGGGCAUCCUGGCUAAUGAACUCUCGGUGGAUGAAGCCGCGUUACAUGCUGCUGUCAUUGCUAUUAAUGAAGCUGUUGACCGUAGAGUUCCAGCCGACACGUUUACAGCUCUGAAAAACCCCAAUGCCAUGCUUGUCAAUCUUGAGGAAUCCCUGGCUUCCACUUACCAGGAUGUUCUUUACCAGGCCAAGCAAGACAAGACGACAAAUGCCAAAAACAGGACAGAAAAUUCUGACAGAGAAAGGGAUGUGUAUGAGGAGCUGCUCACACAAGCUGAAAUUCAAGGGAAUGUAAACAAAGUCAAUACAUUCUCUGCCCUGGCCAACAUCAACUUGGCUUUGGAGCAGGGCUGUGCACUGGCCCUGUUCAAGGCUCUACAGUCACCGGCUCUGGGCCUUCGAGGGCUGCAGACCCAGAACAGCGACUGGUACCUAAAGCAGCUCCAGAGUGACCAGCAGCAAAAGAGACAGAGUGGCCAGACUGACCCGCUGCAGAAGGAGGAGGUACAGGCCGGAGUGGAUGCUGCCAACAGCGCUGCCCAGCAAUAUCAACGAAGAUUGGCAGCGGUAGCAGCAAUCAAUGCCGCGAUCCAGAAGGGCAUCGCCGAGAAGACGGUUUUGGAGCUAAUGAAUCCUGAAGCCCAGCUGCCCCAGGUGUAUCCAUUUGCAGCCGAUCUUUAUCAGAAGGAGUUGGCUACUCUGCAGCAGCAGAGUCCUGAACACAGCCUCACCCAUCCUGAACUCACUGUCGCUGUGGAGAUGCUAUCAUCUGUGGCCCUCAUCAACAGGGCUCUGGAGUCAGGAGACAUGAACACGGUGUGGAAGCAGCUGAGCAGCACGGUCACGGGCCUUACCAAUAUCGAGGAAGAAAACUGUCAAAGGUAUCUCGAUGAGCUGAUGAAGCUGAAAGCUCAGGCACAUGCAGAGAAUAAUGAAUUCAUUACCUGGAAUGACAUCCAGGCUUGUGUGGACCAUGUGAACCUGGUGGUGCAUGAGGAACAUGAGCGGAUUUUGGCCAUCGGUUUAAUUAAUGAAGCCCUGGAUGAAGGCGAUGCUCAGAAGACCCUGCAGGCCUUGCAGAUUCCUGCAGCAAAGCUCGAAGGGGUCCUUGCAGAAGUGGCACAGCAUUACCAAGACACGCUGAUCAGAGCAAAGAGAGAAAAGGCCCAGGAAACCCAGGAUGAGUCAGCUGUAUUAUGGUUGGAUGAAAUUCAAGGUGGAAUCUGGCAAUCCAACAAAGAUACCCAAGAAGCUCAGAGGUUUGCCUUAGGAAUCUUUGCCAUCAAUGAAGCUGUGGACAGUGGUGAUGUUGGCAGAACAUUGAGUGCCCUUCGUUCCCCGGAUGUUGGCUUAUAUGGAGUCAUCCCUGAAUGUGGGGAGACAUAUCAGAGUGACCUUGCUGAAGCCAAGAAGAAAAGACUGGCAGCAGGAGACAACAACAGCACAUGGGUGAAACACUGGGUGAAAGGCGGGUACUACUACUACCACAAUCUGGAGACACAAGGCGGAGGAUGGGAUGAACCCCCAGACUUUGUGCAGAACUCUGUGCAGCUGUCUCGAGAGGAGAUCCAGAGCUCCAUCUCUGGAGUGACUGCUGCAUAUAACCGAGAGCAGCUUUGGCUGGCUAACGAAGGCUUGAUCACCAAGCUGCAAGCCUGCUGCCGUGGCUACCUUGUUCGACAGGAAUUUCGAUCCCGGAUGAACUUUCUGAAGAAACAGAUCCCCGCCAUCACCUGCAUUCAGUCACAGUGGAGAGGAUACAAGCAGAAGAAGGCAUAUCAAGAUCGACUGGCUUACCUGCGCUCCCAUAAGGAUGAAGUUGUGAAGAUUCAGUCCCUUGCCAGGAUGCAUCAAGCAAGAAAGCGCUAUAGAGAUCGCCUGCAGUAUUUCCGAGAUCACAUAAAUGACAUUAUCAAAAUCCAGGCUUUCAUUCGGGCAAACAAAGCUCGUGAUGACUACAAGACUCUCAUCAAUGCUGAGGAUCCGCCUAUGAUUGUGGUCCGAAAGUUUGUCCACCUCCUGGACCAAAGUGACCAGGACUUUCAGGAGGAACUCGAUCUUAUGAAGAUGCGGGAGGAGGUCAUCACCCUUAUCCGUUCUAACCAGCAGCUGGAGAAUGACCUCAAUCUCAUGGAUAUCAAAAUCGGACUACUAGUGAAGAACAAGAUCACACUGCAGGAUGUGGUUUCCCAUAGUAAAAAACUUACUAAGAAAAAUAAGGAGCAGCUGUCUGACAUGAUGAUGCUAAACAAACAGAAAGGAGGCCUCAAGGCCCUGAGCAAGGAGAAGAGGGAGAAGUUGGAAGCCUAUCAGCACCUUUUUUAUUUACUGCAAACCAACCCUACCUAUCUGGCCAAGCUGAUCUUUCAGAUGCCUCAGAACAAGUCCACCAAAUUCAUGGACUCUGUAAUCUUCACACUGUACAACUACGCAUCCAACCAGCGAGAGGAGUACCUCCUGCUUCGGCUCUUCAAGACAGCCCUCCAGGAGGAGAUCAAGUCAAAGGUGGAUCAGAUUCAAGAAAUCGUGACAGGAAACCCUACGGUUAUUAAGAUGGUUGUAAGCUUCAACCGUGGUGCCCGAGGCCAGAAUGCCCUCCGGCAGAUCUUGGCCCCUGUAGUGAAGGAGAUCAUGGAUGACAAAUCGCUCAACAUCAAGACCGACCCUGUGGAUAUUUACAAGUCGUGGGUUAAUCAGAUGGAAUCUCAAACGGGAGAGGCAAGCAAACUGCCCUAUGAUGUGACCCCUGAGCAAGCCUUGUCCCAUGAAGAAGUGAAGACAAGGCUAGACAACUCCAUCAGGAACAUGAGGGCUGUGACAGACAAAUUUCUUUCAGCAAUCAUCAGCUCGGUGGACAAGAUUCCUUAUGGGAUGCGCUUCAUUGCCAAAGUGCUGAAGGAUUCGCUGCAUGAGAAGUUCCCUGACGCUGGUGAGGACGAGCUGCUGAAGAUUAUUGGUAACUUGCUCUACUACCGAUACAUGAACCCGGCUACUGUCGCCCCAGAUGCCUUUGACAUCAUUGACCUGUCUGCAGGGGGCCAGCUCACCACAGACCAGCGCAGAAAUCUGGGCUCCAUUGCAAAGAUGCUCCAGCAUGCAGCCUCCAAUAAGAUGUUUCUGGGCGAUAAUGCCCACUUAAGCAUCAUUAAUGAGUAUCUUGCUCAGUCCUACCAGAAAUUCAGACGGUUUUUCCAAACUGCUUGCGACGUCCCGGAGCUGCAGGAUAAAUUUAACGUGGACGAGUAUUCUGAUCUAGUCACCCUCACCAAGCCGGUUAUCUACAUUUCCAUUGGUGAAAUCAUCAACACCCACACUCUCCUGUUGGACCAUCAGGACGCCAUAGCUCCAGAGCACAAUGACCCCAUCCACGAGCUGCUGGACGACCUUGGCGAGGUGCCCACUAUCGAGUCCUUGAUAGGGGAAAGUUGCGGCAAUUUAAAUGACCCCAACAAAGAGGCACUGGCUAAGACAGAAGUAUCUCUCACGUUGACCAAUAAGUUUGAUGUGCCUGGUGACGAGAAUGCAGAGAUGGAUGCUCGGGCCAUCUUACUGAACACAAAACGUUUAAUUGUGGAUGUCAUCCGGUUCCAGCCAGGAGACACCUUGACUGAAAUCCUAGAAACGCCAGCCACCAGUGAACAGGAAGCCGAACAUCAGAGGGCCAUGCAGAGACGGGCCAUCCGGGAUGCCAAAACCCCUGACAAGAUGAAAAAGUCAAAACCUGUGAAGGAGGAUAACAACCUCAGCCUUCAGGAGAAGAAGGAGAAAAUCCAGACUGGCCUAAAGAAGCUAACAGAGCUUGGGACAGUGGACCCAAAGAACAAAUACCAGGAGCUCAUCAACGACAUUGCCAAGGAUAUCCGGAAUCAACGGAGAUACCGGCAGAGGAGGAAAGCCGAGCUGGUAAAACUGCAGCAGACGUACGCAGCUCUGAACUCUAAGGCCACCUUCUAUGGAGAGCAGGUGGAUUACUACAAGAGCUAUAUCAAAACCUGCUUGGAUAACUUGGCCAGCAAGGGCAAAGUCUCCAAAAAGCCUCGGGAAAUGAAGGGCAAGAAAAGCAAAAAGAUUUCUCUGAAGUACACAGCAGCAAGACUACAUGAAAAGGGAGUUCUUUUGGAAAUUGAGGACCUCCAAGCAAAUCAGUUUAAAAAUGUUAUCUUUGAAAUCGGUCCAACAGAAGAAGUUGGGGACUUUGAAGUGAAAGCCAAGUUUAUGGGAGUUCAGAUGGAGACUUUCAUGCUGCACUAUCAGGACUUGCUGCAGCUACAGUACGAAGGGGUUGCAGUCAUGAAGUUAUUUGAUAGAGCUAAAGUUAAUGUCAACCUCCUGAUCUUCCUUCUCAACAAAAAGUUCUAUGGGAAGUAAAUGGGCAUUUGCUGCCCGUCCAGAAGAAUUCAAAGUGGCAAUGCCUGGUAGGAUCCUCCAUCACUCCUUGGAAGCAAAGACCUGGUCCAGAGGUGCCUCAGUCUCGCACUCCUGAAGCCCCAUGUUUAAGUGCUCCCGCCCCUUCCCCCAGGACUUUCCAUGCCCUCUUUUAACAGUAAAUUGUACUUCAGGCUUCCUCUCUCCGGCUUCCUUCCAUGUCUUUCAUCACAUAGAAAGAGUGGGCCCCACCCAGUCCCUUUCUGUCAUGGUCUCCUAAGUGUUAAUUGCUACUUUGUAAACAUUGGUGGUUGUUUUACUUAGCAGUUAGAAUGAUGGGAUUCCAAUUCUUGUUUAGAAGUGAAAGCUGUCAGGUUAACAGCAAAGGUGCGCAUCAGAUUCAUGGCUAAGGAUGACCCAUCAGUGCGAUCAGAGGUGAAGUCAGUGAUGUCUUCCAUUCUGCUGCCUUUGUGGGCGGAACUAAUCCCAAGUGUCUAUUCUCUGUUCAAAUGAAGCCGCUCCAGGAGAAAAACAACUGCUUUUGAAUUCCCCAUUAAGUCUGGGCAGCGCUCUUAGUGCAGUGUCCUUCCUGGUGAAGGAAACCCCAUGACCAUAGCUGGCCAUCUAGAGUCACUGAGAGUGGGCUGAGGCACCCCCUCAGAGCAGUGCAGAGUUCCAUUCAAGGACCGUGUCUGCGCCAUCCCUCCCACAAAGGGAUGGCUCACCCGAGCCCAAAAUGUAAUGUUUUCAAAACUGUUUGUGUCCAAGAGUGCCUUACUAAAGUAUAAGUUUAUCUCCUAAAAUGUGAGUGAUAGGAAUCUUAAAUAUUUGUAUAAUGCUUUAGAGUACCCUGAGAAAGGGUCGUUUCUAAUUGGGUUAUCUGUAUAUCUGAAUUCUUGAAGCUUCUCUAUGGCCUAUAUUAGGGUUUAUCUACAGAGUCAGUGAGAGCUUAGCAACAGCAGCCAACCCAUGUCAUGUUUGAAGUUUAAAUCCAUUUCCCACUCUCCUCUCUGCCUUCAUAUUCAUGCUUGUAUUCUGAGAAGCCUGGACCGUUGGGCUCCAACUAACAAAGACCGUUCAGUUUCAGGCAUUGAAUUUGGAAACCUUUGUUCUCAGAUUAAAAGUCAUAAACUUUUUUUAAAAAAAUCUGUUUAUCCAAAAAGAUAGGUAAAUCAUGCUACUGAGCCUUCAAUUUCUUUGAUGUUUUUGUUUGGUAUUCUUGCAUAAAACGUAAAAUUAAACUAAUAUUACAGAGUUUACUGAUGUAUAUUGAAGGCCAAUAAGCUAUUUUAAUUAGGGACAGAUAGCCAGGCGAUGGUGGCACAUGCCUUAACCCCAGCACUCAGGAGGCAGAGGCAGGCAGAUGUCUGCUUGAGGCCAGCCUGGUCUACAAAGUGAGUUCCAGGGCAACCAGGAUUGUUAUACAGAGAAACUCUGUAUCAAGCCCCUCCCCCUGCAAAGUAGUUAAUUAUUGACAGAUAUAUAGCUUGUCCCUUACAUUACAAAUGUAAUAUGUCCUCAUGGGCAGGCCAUGGUGGAAGCCUCAGAGAGUGGGUUCAGGUAGAAGUGGGUGCUGAGGAAGGGUCUGCCACCAGGGACCCUGUUUCUCAUGAUGUUUUAGAAUAGUUUUCUCAGAAAAUAUUUUCUUUAGGUUAAAGGAAGACACUAAGGCUGGCAUGUUAGGAUAUACCUGUAAUCCAAGUUCUGAGAGACUGAGGCAGGAAGAUCACUAAGUCAAGGCCAGCCUGGGCUACAUAGUCAUACCCUAUUGGGGGAGGGGGUGGAAUACUGUUAGAACCAGCAUCACCUCAGACCGGACCAACAGAUGUGCCCAAUGUCCUUCUUUUUUUCUUUUUCUUUUCUUUCUCUCUCUUUCUCUUCCCUUGAGACAAGAGACAGGGCUCUAUUUAGCUUUGACUGUACUGGAACUCUGUGUAGACCAGGCUGUCCUAGAACUCACGGAUAUCUGCCUGCCUCUGCCUCCCAAGUGCUGGGAUUAAAGGCACAAAGCCACUAUGCCUGUUUUCAAAGAAAGAAUGCCCAUCACAAACGUGGUGCCGUCAGCCAUCUCCACGAUAGUAAGUGUACGGUUCAUGGUGCCUUAAGAUGUCUCAGUUAACUGUAAGGAUGCUCCUUCCUGAAUACCAGUUAGAACUGCACCAAAUGCCCCUCGGAACCUUUUCGUGGCUGCUCUGGAGCCCUGCCGUAAGCAGCACUGGGGUCACCUGUGGAGCCUCAGCUUGGCACACUGACGUCGUGCCACACUCGUGUUAUUUAUUGCUGCUGCCGUCCCUGUCUUGGCUCUCCCCUCCUCCUCUGACCUUCUCUCUGACCAGCCAUCAUGACAUUUACUAUGAAUUUACUUCCUCCCAAGAAUUUGGACUGGCCCUCAGAUUGUUGCUACACACAAUUGCCUUUGUAUCUCUGUGUGAAAUAAAAGGUCAUUUGUU